UAUGUAAUAUUUAAAAGUUCAUAAUUUAAUUAUUAUUAAACAAACCGUGUAUUCAGUUGUACGGUGUUGCCGCAUUAGGGGGCGCGGGGAGCCGCCAACCGCAGUCAUGAACCGGGCUUGGUCGUUGUUGGUAAUGCUGACUUUUUCCGCGCUAGCCGGAUGCAUGGAAGAGGACUGCGUCGAUUGGGAGGGAAAAUCGGUGCUCCACGGGCUCUUGUACGUGCCUGGACCGGGCGUGUGCUCCGUCUGUGUCUGCUACCACUCCGAGCCGAUGUGGUGUAAAGCUAUAUACUGCGACCCGCCUUACUUCUGCAAAAACUUUCGGGUUGGCGAACGUUGCUGUGAAUUCGAGUGCCUAGAUCCACCCGGAGAGGACACUCGCUACCGGGAGCGACAGAGACUCCGGGCCCUUAUAUUAGCUGGAAACUCCUCAGCCGCUGACCUCGGACCCACGCUUCGUUUCAAAGCGGGCCUAUCCAUAAUGAUGGCUGCCGUUGCAAGAUACGUCUAAAUCAUCGUAGCUAAAACCGUUCAUAAGCUUUAUUUAAAUGGAAUUAAUAAAAAUUUGGACCAAUUUUAUGUAAGC